AUGUCUCUACCAACAGCUCCUCUUGGCCGUGAAGGUCUUCAAGUCAACCGCCUAGGAUUCGGCUUGAUGGGACUGUCCGCUUUCUAUGGCGACCCAAGGCCUGAUAGCGAACGCCUCGCCGUUCUUGAUCACGCUCAUAAGGCGGGUGAACGUUUCUGGGAUUCAUCUGACAUCUACGGCGACAACGAAGACCUGAUAGGGAAGUGGUUCGCAGCCAAUCCUGACAAGCGAAACGACAUUUUUCUGGCCACAAAGUUCGCGUUGACUCCAGAGCAUGCAAUUGACAGCUCUCCAGAGUACGCUAAGCAAGCCAUCGAGAAGAGUCUAAAGCGUCUCGGUGUUGAGCAUGUCGACUUGUACUACUGCCACCGUGUCGACCAGAAAACGCCCAUUGAAAAAACAGUCGAGGGUAUGGCCGAACUCAAGAAAGCAGGCAAGAUCAAGUACCUUGGUCUCUCAGAAGUAUCCUCGGAUACACUUCGUCGCGCACAUAGGGUCCAUCCUAUCUCUGCUGUGCAGGUAGAAUACUCACCAUUCGCACUCGACAUUGAGAGCGCCCGAAUCGAUCUCCUCAGGACAUGCCGCGAGCUCGGUGUCGCGGUUGUCGCUUAUUCGCCAUUGAGUCGUGGCAUGUUGACCGGCGCCAUCAAGUCCCCUGAUGAUUUUGACGAGAGCGACUUCCGCCGCUAUGCCCCUCGCUUCAGCGCAGAAAACUUCCCCAAGAACCUGAAGCUCGUGGACCAAAUCACAUCCAUUGCACAAAAGAAGAGUGUCACGCCUGGCCAGCUUACAUUGGCGUGGCUUCUGGCGCAGGGAGACGACAUCUUCCCUAUUCCUGGUACCACGAGAAUUGAGAGACUGGAUGAAAAUAUUGGCAGUCUGCAUGUUCAGUUGAGCAAGGAUGAGGAGCAGAAGAUUCGUGAGGCAUGUGAGGCUGCAGUGGUAGCAGGCGAUAGAUAUCCUGAGAGGUUCAUGGCAGCUUGUUAUGCAGACACACCACCACUAAAGUAG